AACCCUGAUUCAAAAAUAAACUACACCCUUUCCUCACCGCUCGCCACUCCCAGGUCCCAGCCGCCGCCGCCUCGUGCUCGCCGGAAACCUAGGAGCCUGAGGCCGUCGCCGGACACGCGGCCGCCGCCAUGGCUGGGACAUCUUGGAUAAUUGACAGCCAAAGAUUUGCUACCAAAAUAAAAAAUGCUUCUGGCUCUUUGGAUCCCAGUAAACAGAAAUGGGUGAGCAACCCAAGUAAGAAGUGCCCAAAGUGCAACCAUGUCAUUGAUAACAGUGAUGUUGUUCACCAGUGGCCCGGUUUGCCUAAAGGUGUAAAAUUUGAUCCGUCUGACCAGGAAUUGCUUUGGCACUUACUGGCAAAACAUGGCAAAGCUGGUGUAAAACCUCAUCCAUUCAUUGUUGAAUUUAUUCCAACGGUUGAGGAAGAUGAUGGCAUCUGCUACACUCAUCCACAGAAACUUCCAGGUGUUAAGCAAGAUGGAGUUGUAUCACACUUUUUCCACAGAACAUUUAAGGCCUAUAACACUGGGACUAGGAAGCGUCGAAAGAUAAACACUGAUGAUCUUGCUGAUGUCCAUUGGCAUAAGACGGGAAAGACAAAGCCAGUAUUAGUUGAUGGGAAGCACCUUGGCUGUAAGAAAAUAAUGGUGCUGUAUAUGAGUACUGUGAAGGGUGGGAAGCCCGAGAAGACUAAUUGGGUGAUUCAUCAGUACCACCUAGGCACUGGGGAGGAUGAGAAAGAUGGUGAAUAUGUUGUCUCAAAAUUAUUUUUUCAGCAUAAAUCUGGGGAGAAGAAUGUGCAAGAGUUAACCACCAUGGAUGGUGUUGAAUCUAUAGCUGCUGAAGCAGAUCUUCCUGAUUUCCCAUUAUUACCCUCUGAAGAACAUAUUGGUAGAGACCAGGACGUUAUCCUGAAUCCUGAUAACCCUUACCAGGUAAUCGGAAACUGUGAAACAAACAUUGAAGAGAAUGCUGCUGAAGAGAAUGUUGACCUUCCACCCUCUGAAAAACCCGACAAUGGAGAUAAUCCCCAAUCACAAGAUCUGAAAUUUUGGGAAGGUGAUUCCCAGUUUGAACUGUUAAACUCUCAGCAGCUGGCAGAAGGCCUUGCUAUUUGCGAUGAGUUCCUCCUGAGUCAGUCUCAGACCUCAUGUGGCGGUGGAGAUGAACCCAAAGCGAUCAAGCCUCGACUGGCUGUUUAUGCCCAGCUGCCAGCAGAGGACUUCAAACAGGAUUUAGAAGAGUGUCAGAGGUUGGAGCCCUUGGACAAUGGAAAUCUCGACCUUGACAACACAACUGAAUUUCGACUGAGCCAAUUUGAAUUUUCGCAGGACAGCUUUACAACAUGGGCUGGUGGGAAGAUGAUUGACGACUGAUGUUGCUCCAACACACUCUCGCCACGCCAUUUUGUACUUGAAGAAACAGCUGAUCCCUUUUUUGUGAGACGACAAUGACAUGUGCACUGGCAACGGUGGGUGGUCAUCAACUGUGUGGUGACUGGUGAUGUAUAUUUUGUCACAGAAACCUAAACUAAACCUAGUGGCUCAUGGGGGCAAGGAGGGCCGGUAGCUUUUGCACUGAGUUGCUCUCAUGCAUAUGAACUGUGUAUAUAUGAAAGGCCGAACGCACUAGUGCUGUGCACUGAUGACUGAGUGUUCGAUGCGAAAUGAGCCUUUCUUGGUUCCA